AUGCUCAGGAACCGCGUGGGCCAGCUGGAGCAGAAGCUCGACGGCAUUAUGUCGUUGUUGACCACAGGACAGACACGACAGCUGCCCACGCCGCAACCGACCAACAGUCAGACAAUACCGAGUUCGAUGGUAACGCCGGGACCGAGUCCGAAGGACCAGCUUGUCCCCUUAGCACCCUUUGAAUCCCGGGCCCGCCAUGAGACUCCCGAUGUCAACUCAGAGGCCAGCAGGACCUCCAUACCGCCAAUUCGGCUGUCGCCGUACGAGGUUGUCGAGAUCAUCCCGGGGUUCAAUAUCAAUCUUCAAGAAGCCGACCUGGCCCUUCACUCAUACCGCACGUUCUACUCGCCGUGCUUCCCUUUCGUCCCUAUUGCCAACCAUGUAAGCGCACACGACCUGUACAAGUCGAAACCUGUACUCUUCCGGACCAUCAUGCACACUGUGGUCCCGCACAGCGCAGCUCUCCAGACCGGUAUGAAACAGUGGUUCCGAGAGACCAUUGCCGACCUCGUGAUUGUCAAGAGGAAGUUCAGUCUCGAAUACCUCCAGGCUCUUUUAGUGUUUAUCUCGUGGGGUGACUUCCAUUACUACUUCCAAAACCAGGCCACUGGCUUGGUGCAACUGUCCGUCGGCCUGGUCGCCGACCUGGGCCUCAACAGACAGCCAAUCAUUGCAAAUGGCACCCCAUACUCCCUACUCAACGAAGCCGUCGAGUCAACCAAAGGCUUGCAGCCCAGGCCGUACCACACAUCGGACGAGAUGCGAGCAGUUCUUGGGUGUUUCUAUAUGACAUCACUCAUAUCGACCUUCUUUCGCAGAAUGCCCGAUUUCACAUUCACGCCUUACCUCAACUUCUGCUCCGACAUCCUCGUCAAGAACAAAGAGUACACUACAGACGAAUACUUGGUCGCCCUCGUUCAGCUGCAGAGCCUCGCCAGCCGCAUUUCCACCACCUUCCCCACCCACGAUCUGAUCCUUGGCCCCCCACGCGCUUUCAGUCUACCCAUUGACAUGACUCUCUCUGGCAUGAGGAAGGAGAUCGAGGGCGUUGUGCGAGGCAUGCCUGCCAAUAUCCAUCAGAAAGCCCUUCUGCAAAUAUGCUACCAUGGCGUCGUGAUGCGCCUCUACGAGCCGAUCAUCUACAUGCGGGCUUCGACUUCGACGGACCUGGCCAGCGCCCGCCGCACGGAAGGUCUGUGGAAGUGUCUACAGGCCGUCCUAGACAUCUUCACAGUCUUCGAGACCAUGUCCGUCGAGGACCUCGCCACGGUCCCCUUCACCGUGUCGUCCCACCUGGCCUUCGCCGUCGUGACGGCCACCCGCCUCGCCUUCCUGGAGGACAGCGACUGGGACCUCGGCCUGGCGCGCGAGGCGCUCGACCUGGCCAACCUGGCCAAGCGCAUGGAGAACCACUUCGCGGCGGCGGAGCUGUACGAGGCCAACCGCGAGCGCGAGGCCGGGGCGGGCGGCGUGGCGGCGGCGGCCCAGCAGCAGCAGCUGCCGCGUAAGAGGAAGUACAUCGACGGCGAGCGCACGACGAUCGGCACGUACGCCGAGAAGAUGCGCUGGCUGGGCCACUGGCUCAGCUACAAGCUGCCGAUGCAGAACAUCAACAUGGUCGACGCCGACGCCAUGGACGAGCUCCGCGGCGCCGAGGCGGCGGCCGAGCCCGACGUGGGCGGGCUCGCGGCGUACCCGAGCGAGUUUGACGGCGCGUUCUGGCAGGCGCUGCUGAACUUUGACGGGAGCUGGGGUAUUCCCGACGCGGGGCCUGCUACCGGACAAGUCUGA